AUGGACUUGGCAAAUGAGACCCACAUCUCUGACUUCGUCUUGCUCGGCUUGACGGAACUAGAGAAUCUUCAAGUUGUUCUGUUCAUAUUGUUCUCGAUGUUUUACCUAAUCAACUUGAUAGGCAACCUUUCCAUCAUGGUCAUUACUGUGAUAGACACAAGCCUCCAUACUCCCAUGUAUUACUUUUUGUGGCAUUUGUCAUUUCUAGAUAUUUGUUUCUCUUCCGUGGCUGUUCCCAAGAUGCUUAGCGACUUUUUGACCUUAGAAAAGACCAUCUCUUUUGCUGGCUGCAUUUGCCAGAUGCAUUUCUUCCAUUUUUUGGGAAGCACAGAAGUCAUGCUCCUAACCGCCAUGUCAUAUGAUCGGUAUGUGGCUAUUGGAAACCCAUUGCGUUAUUCUGCAAUCAUGAAUACUAAAGUCUGUCGGUGUUUGUCUUUCUGCUCGUGGAUUACCGGAUAUUUCCAUUCCCUAUUACAUACACUGAUGGCAGCCAAACUCCCGUUUUGCGAACCAAAUUUGGUGAAGCAUUUUUUCUGUGAUAUCAAACCAGUGCUUAAACUGGCCUGUGCCGAUACUUCUCUCAAUCUGAAGCUUCUCACAAGAGUCACCGGAACAUUGGCCACGACAACUUUACUACUAACUCUUCUCUCCUACGUUUUUAUUAUCAAAUUUCUCCUAAAGAUACGGACUCUUGAAGGCCGAAAGCGGGCGUUCUCUACCUGUAGUGCUCAUCUUACUGUUGUAUUUCUGCUAUACGGAACGGCAAUUUUUACAUAUUCACGACCGUCGACGCAAGAGUCUUUAGAUCAAGACCGUGCAGCCGCUGUUCUCUUCACUGUUAUAACUCCAGCCUUAAAUCCAAUAAUAUAUACACUAAGGAACAAAGAUAUGAAGAAAGCCAUGAAGAGGGUUGUUAACAAUAUGUUUUUGAGUAUAAGAAUGAUGCUUUAG